AGCAGAGAAGACAGCAAAGUACCUAAGAUGUGAGAAGUCCUCUCUUAUCAAAAGGAAGCUUUGUUUUCAAAAUGGACCGAAGUAAGCGGAAUUCAAUAGCAGGAUUUCCACCACGCUUGGAGCGCGCCGAAGACUUUGAUGGGGGCAGCGGAAGUGAUGGGACUACAUCCCAGAUAGGAAGAGUUUGGACCUCUUCAUACCGAGCCCUGAUAAGUGCCUUUUCCAGACUUACCCGUCUUGAUGACUUCACCUGUGAGAAAAUUGGCUCUGGUUUCUUCUCUGAAGUGUUCAAGGUCAGACACAGGACUUCGGACCAGGUGAUGGCUUUGAAGAUGAACACACUGAACAGCAACAGAGCGAACAUGCUGAAAGAGGUUCAGCUUAUGAACAGGCUCUCACAUCCAAACAUCUUAAGGUUUAUGGGUGUCUGUGUGCAUCAAGGACAGCUGCACGCACUUACUGAGUACAUCAACUAUGGUAACCUGGAACAGCUAUUGGACAGUAACCAGCAUCUGCCCUGGACAGUGAGGGUGAAAUUGGCAUAUGACAUUGCCAUGGGAAUCAGUUAUCUUCACUAUAAAGGCAUUUUCCACCGGGACCUUACAUCCAAGAACUGCUUAAUAAAACAUGAUGAGAAUGGAUAUUCAGCAAUAGUGGGAGACUUUGGUUUGGCAGAGAAAAUUCCCGAUCACAGUGAGAAGUUACCAGUGGUGGGUUCACCCUUCUGGAUGGCACCAGAAGUUCUCAGAGAUGAACCCUACAAUGAAAAGGCGGAUGUGUUCUCUUAUGGUAUAAUUCUGUGUGAGAUUAUAGCAAGAAUACAAGCAGAUCCAGACUAUCUCCCUCGUACAGAAAAUUUUGGAUUAGAUUAUGAUGCCUUCCAGCACAUGGUGGGGGACUGUCCCCCCGACUUCCUCCAGCUGGCCUUCAACUGCUGUAACAUGGAUCCAAAGUUGCGUCCUUCAUUUGCUGAUAUUGUCAAAACACUGGAGGAUAUUUUAAACCGUUUGAGAAACGAGGAAUCCGAGAGAGAGAGAAAUUUUUUCAAUAUUGACAACAGUGAAAGAAAGCCAAAAGGGUCAAUUGAAAAAGGAUCAGGAGUAAAACGAUUGAGUUCCCUGGACGAUAAAAUCCCACCCAAGUCACCUCGCCCGCGUCGGAAUAUCUGGUUGUCCCGCAGCCAGUCGGAUAUCUUCUCCCGCAAGCCUUCCAGGAAGAUAAACGUGCAGGAUCCCUACUACACGCCAAGCAAGGGGUUAGGCCGGAAGGUUAAUCCCUUCAAUGCCAGGGAGGACCUCAAGGGGGGAAAGAUCAAAUUCUUCGACAUGCCAAGCAAGUCCGUGAUCUCCCUCGUGUUCGACCUGCAUUCUCCGGAGGCGGGCGGUGGCCUCAAAGCCACCCAGUGCCAGCUCAGGCAGGCGUACAGCACGGACUGGCAGGAAUUUUCCCUCCUCCCGGGCAGGAGAUGCAGGUCGCUCCCGGUCUCUCCCGAGCUGCCGCAUAAAGAGUACGGCCUGUUUGGGGGGCUCUCUUCGACCGUGGGCAGGUGCGACCCAGCCCAGCUGGGUGCAGAGGUUCGGCAGAAGCUCCUGAGCAGCAGCAAAUACGGCGUGUCCGAGAUUCCCCCCUUUCAGGCCAAGCUGCACAGGCCGGAAUUGUUUCCCGUUCCGGGACAAGAGGAGGAUAUGGACUGUUCAGACGGGCCAGUGCCCCAGGAAGAAAAUGGAUUUUAUCCCCUUGAGAACACGUGUGAAGACCCUGCCUGUAAUCGGCCUUCAGCAGUGGGCCAGCUUGAGCCGCUGGCUUGCAAAAGGCUCCCAGCUGAGAACUCGGUGAACUUGGAGGGACUUGGCUCCCUGCAGGUGCUGGCAGGUUGUCCCCCUUCAGAAGAGAUGGAGGUGGAGGAGGACCUAGAGAAGAACACGCUGCUGGAGCCUGCAAAGCCGCUGUUCAGUGUCAGCCCUCCCAGGGAGCUGAGCAGAGAGGCCCGGCCGUUGGGAGAGCGGGACGCCGACGGCGCUGCCCUCGCGUCUCUGAGCUCCCCCAGCGUCUCGGCGAGCGGCAGCACGCAGUCGGCCUGCGACAUUUGAAGAGAAUGCACAAAUAGGACAUGACCUUGGGGGACCUGUUGUUCCCGAUCACUUUGACUCUGUUUUUCUGCAAUGCUGGGGCUCACACGUUCGAAACAGACUCGGCAGAUUGUAGAAAUGAGCUGGUAAACAGAAGGCUGCAGAGCAAACAGCGUUGAGACGGAUUCUUUUAACUUUAUUUCAUGUUGUGUUUAUCCCUUUUCCCAAUUUAUGUUAGGAGGGAGAACUGCUCCCGCCAGAAUGUCCAUGUGACGCCCCGUAGUUUCUUCAGAGCAGUAGUACCCACAGCUGGGGCCUGUGUUAAGCAGGUUGACCUGGAUUUCGGCAUCAAGGUUUUAAGGCCUUAAGCUCCAGGUUGGUGAGAAAGAGGCCCUUACGUUUCCUUCCUCCUCCGACCUACCAGCUGCUCAAACCACUGCAGCUUUUGCGCUCACGUUGUGCAAGCAGUGUGCAGGAAUCAGCGCGCCCUCCAUUCGGGAAAUGGGAUAGAGAUCUUCAGAGCUGUGUGGGGCGGAUAGGAAGGCUUUCUGGUCCCAGAGUGGCUGUGAACGCUGCUGCUGCUGCUGCAUCAAACAAGCUCUUGUUUCUAAAGCAGCAGAACCCAACCCCCUCCUGCUGGCAGCAAUCUGCAGGCUCAGUCACCUGACAGGUAUUUUCCGAUUAACAAGAAGUAUCUGUUCCCUGGUGUUGCGUUUUCCAUAGGAUGGAGUAAACUGAUGCAGUAAACACUGCUCACUUCCUUGCCCAGCAGUCCACGCACCUCAGCCUGGCUGUGGAGGAGGAAGAUUUUGCCCAGGGGGACAAGAAGGCCCAAGAGGAGCCGUGUUCUGGGCAGUGCCAUUCCUGUGCUCCUUGGGAAACCAUCAGUGAAACUAAUGGUGCAGAAGCUCUGUGAGGAACGUGAGCACUUGUCUCCAAAGAGCUGAAGAGACCCCGCAGUCUCUUUCUGCAGAAAGCUCAACUGGCUGGAGCCAGGCCACACUUGGCCGUUGUCACUGAGCUAGAAGGGCCACGUUCAGCUCCCUGUCGGGCAGCACGUCCCGCGUCACUGAGGCCACUGCAGGAAUGAUGCCGGCAAAGCCGGGCCGCGAUCCUCCGAGCAGGAUUCAGUGGCCCAUCAAACUGAAGAAAAAUAAUUUAUCCCGCUGAAAAUGUUUCCCCCAUUUUUCCGACAAAGAUGUUGUCUUUGAUUUCUCCUAUCGCUGAUGACUGUGAGCAUAUUAUUAUUUUUUCUCUUCACCAGCAGGUAUAUGUGAAAGAAGCAGUGGCAGAUGGCUGCUUGCUGGAAGCAGCAUCAGAAAUCCUUGCCCUGGUCUGCAGUUUUCAGCAGAACUUGUUGUAUGAUGGUAUCUGUGCAUCUUUUUGCCUUUUUUUUUUCCACUGUCAUUGUUACCUUGUUUGUUCUCUCUCUUGCUUUUAAUCUACGUUAUCAUUCCUAACUGAGGUAGGCCUUGCAUGCCUGCAGAGCAGACAGGGGGUGAUGCAGUCCAGAAUUUUGCCCCGGGUAGCUGGUCACACUCUUGCUGCCCUCUUUUGAAGAGGGGAGAUGUAAGCUGGUAUGUCCUGAUGGAAGCAACUAUCUCUUCUUCCCUCAUCUCACAGAAAGGAGGAUGGAGAAAACCUCAGGUUCUUUCUUGGCUGAGAUACCGAGCUUUCUGGAGGCAUAGGUAACUAUUUGGGGAGUUACAAGAUGUGAAAUAAGCCUGAACUGAGCAGUGGCUGCAAAGAGUUAAAUGAGAAACCCAGUGCCCUUAAACUGCUUAGUGCAGUCUUUGCCAAAUCAGGCCAUUCUUUGCAGUUUUAAAGAGAAAACAUCCAUCCUUACCGAGACUAUUUCCUUGACCCACACUGCUUGGCCUCUCUAAGGUGCUAUCUGUAGAAUAGUCUGUCCUGUGUAUCCUGACUGCUGUGUUGGUGUCUUUGGAGCGCAGAGCAGCUUGGAUGGCAGCUGCUGAGUGCAUGUGAUGUUCCUAAGGACAAGAAACCAGCCAGAAGAACUCAAAAACCAGCUACUUGUCUGCCUGGUGCCUGCUUUUUUUUUUCUCUUGCACUUUUUUUUCCACCCCCCCCCAAAUUGUAACCUUUCAGGAGGAAACCCCAUCAGCACCAGCUUCUGUUGUCACGAGACACACUGAAUCGUGUGACCUCGGGCACACCAGCAAUAACGUUUACUUGUGAUCCCUGGGCCACAGGGAAGCUGCCGAGCGUCCUCCGGCCGCACGCAGCCCCGGCAGAGCAGCCGCUUGCACCUUUGGGUGCCCUGUGCGUGUUCCAGCCCUGCGCUGGCACCUGCCUGUGGAGGCUGCUGUCCUGGAGGCUCCGAGCCCUCCGCUCGCACGCGGUCAGGCUGGAGGUGCCUCUGCGGCACCCAGCCCCGUGACCUCCCCGUCUUGGUUUCCUGCACAACUCUCUUAAAAAUAUUUCCCUGCCCUUAACAGGGAAAAUUAAUUUUCCUGCCCCUGCUCUUUAGCAGCAUGGCUAAAAUUUUCUUAAGAAUCUACUCUUUAAGCCAAGCUGAUUUGCAGAGGGCACAUGUGGUGGCUUUGGUAGCUCUUCACACCUCGGUGGAGGUGUCGGAAGCGCCAGUGGAAUAACGGCUCAGGCCGCUCCCGGAGCCCUGGUCUGUGUGGGAGAAGAGGCAUGUGUGUAAAACUGGAGUAAAAGGCCACGUUACUGAUAGCAACACGCUUGCUAAAACUGCCAGCCUCUCCACGGUGCAGCUGGCGCUCACUGUGUCUCAUCCCUGAGGUCGCAUAAAGCUGCAUCUAGGUUGCACCUAGCAAAUAUUCCUAGGUUUUCUGCCCGCUCGAGGGUGCUUUUCUACUGGGGGCCAUUUUCUGACAGCUGCUGAUGAACAUGAAUGCGAACAGCGAUCCAUGUGGUCAGCAAACUCCUUGUUUUAUAGUGAUAUGACAAAGUUUUAUUCCGAAUGGAUUUUAUCGUGAUUUUUGACUUUCUUACAGAAGCAAUCCGUGCUCUUUUAAAAGACUUCCUACACACUGCUAGGUUCCCUGAAGAGAUCAAAGACGUUUUUAAUUCACUUUAAAUCUUCCUAUGUUUAAUUCAUUUAAAUGUCUGUUAUAAGCUAUUUUUUUGUUGUGGUUGCAGGUGGAUAAAAUGCAACUAAGAGAGUGCAUGUGAAUUGCUGCCCCUCAAAAGUAAUGCUGCAAGACAAGGGGGUUAGUAGAUUUAUAUUUGUUGGAGAGGUGUUGAUGUAUUUUGUGUAACAGAACAUUGGUAUUUUUGCCAGUACAACUAAAGACACUUGAAUAAUUCCUGUUUGCACUUAAUGCUAUUGUUUAUAUUGCAUGUCACUACAUUUCUAUGCAAAACAAAUAACUUUUUUGGGGGGAAGAGGGGCAGCCAGAUAUUUGAUUAAGUAAGUUUAAAAGACCUUUGCAAGAUGAUCUAUUUUCAUAUUUAUGAAGGAGUUUUACGUCUUAAUAUUUUGCAGACUGUAAAUAGCUCAACUUGUAAUUAAAGGCUUAGGAAGAAGUUGGUAGCCUGUGUAUAAUAGUAAGUUAACACUGCCAGAAAAAAAAAAUCUUUGCAAAACAACUUUUCUAAUAUUGUGGAUAUUUA